CCGUCUGACGGGAACCUCGUAAAGGCUCUGUGUAGCACCUUGCGACCUUCAGGAAAGCUUUGAGUGUGCGAGGAACCUUUUGAGGAAACCUCCGAGUGUAAAAUUCCUUACAAAAUCUUGAUUAUUUGUGAAACUGAAAUCCGAGUGUUUCGAGGCAGGGAAGUUCGGCAGGUGAAACCGUGAGCAGGCGCGAGCUCCGUCCUCACCUCGCGCUGACGUCCUCUGACGUCACCGAAGGACACGGGGGAUUUAGCGUGAGCGUGAGCGUGCCGUGUGACUCUGAGACUCGCCGGCUGUCUGAAGCGUCUGUGGAUUUAUACAUCCGAGUGUCUCGGCGUCUUUAUUUACUUUAACAUUUCAUAUUUAAUCCAGGAGCGUGUAUUUUGACUGAUUUGGAUUUCAGAGGAAAAUAUAGAUCUGUUUUUGUUUUUGUGACAUUACUGCUCAUUUAUAUACACCGUUUAUUUAAAUAUAGCUUCCUAUUCAUCUUUAUCGAUCUUUUCUUUUCUAACCGAACGAGUCGAUCGUUUCUAGUUUGUUUAUUUAUUUGCGGUAAGUUGGUGCAGGUGGAAAUGUACCCGUCAGGACUGAAGUCUUUAUCCCGGCUGAACCUGUUCCACUCGCCGCUAAUCUCCUUACAGCAGCAGGGAGCCGAACGGAGACGCCGCACCCUGACCGCAGCCUCCUACCACGAGGCUGAUGUGAGCUGCGAGUACGGCUCGAAUAAAUACUACGCCCUGUGCGGUUUCGGAGGCGUCCUGAGCUGCGGGCUCACGCACACCGCCGUCGUCCCUCUCGACCUGGUCAAAUGUCGCAUCCAGGUAAACCCGGGUAAAUACAAAUCCAUCUUUAACGGCUUCUCCGUCACCGUGAGGGAGGACGGGCUCCGAGGUCUGGGUCGAGGCUGGGCUCCUACGUUUAUUGGCUACUCCGUGCAGGGUCUCUGCAAGUUCGGCUUCUACGAGCUCUUCAAAGUGCUCUAUAACGACAUGCUAGGAGAGGAGAACGCUUACCUCUGGAGGACGUCGGUGUACUUGGCCGCUUCUGCCAGCGCGGAGUUCUUCGCCGAUAUCGCUCUGGCCCCCAUGGAGGCGUGCAAAGUGCGCAUCCAGACCCAGCCAGGUUACGCCAGAACCCUGAGAGAGUGCGCCCCGAAAAUGCAUGCAGAGGAGGGGCUAUGGGCGUUCUACAAAGGCGUGUAUCCUCUGUGGCUACGUCAGAUCCCGUACACCAUGAUGAAGUUUGCGUGUUUCGAGCGUACGGUGGAGACGCUGUACAAGUACGUGGUGCCGAAACCUCGCAGCGCCUGCUCCAAACCCGAGCAGCUCGUCGUCACCUUCAUCGCCGGGUACAUCGCUGGCGUGUUCUGCGCCGUGAUUUCCCACCCGGCCGACUCGGUGGUGUCCGUGCUGAACAAGGAGAAAGGAAGCUCAGCCGUACAGGUGCUUAAGAGGUUGGGACCUCAAGGCGUGUGGAAGGGGCUGGUCGCUCGCAUCGUCAUGAUCGGCACGCUGACCGCGCUGCAGUGGUUCAUUUACGAUUCGGUGAAGGUCUAUUUCCGCCUGCCGCGCCCGCCUCCCCCGGAGAUGCCCGAGUCUCUGAAGAGGAAGAUGAGUUUGGCAGGCCAAUAGAGAAAACACACACAAACCUCAAGGGCAAAAUCUACAAAAACUUUUCACCAGUGAAGGAGAAACAGUACAUUUCAUUUGUGGUUGCAAAAGUUAAAUAAAUAAAUAAAUAAAUAAAUACAAAUCUAGUACUGGUCCAUCAUUCGCAAUAACCCCUCCUACUGCUACCUUAAACCUCAUACAUUAAUAAAAUAAGGGUUUCAUUUGACUUCCCCUUUUAAAUAGUAAUGGAAAGUAGUUUUGUCAUGAACCUCUUGGUCUCCAGACUUGAUCUGAUGUCUGAUGGUUACAGCAGGUAUGUCUGGACAAAGAUGAUGAAGUCGGUCGUAAAGCCAUAUUGGAGAAUAGCUCACAAUUAGAAGUGGAGAAUAUGAAGGAACGCCUGUGCAGCUGAACACACUAAACGCCUUGUUUCUAUCGGUUCAAUUCGUUCUUGAGCGUGCGCAAACUUUUGCACUCGGCUGGCUAUACGUGG